AUGAGUUUCUCUCUAUAAUUUGACUUUGGAGUCAAUAUGCAAACUUUGUUAAUGAUCUUUGUCAAAUUUGUUGAUCAGCUAAAUAUGGAAAAAUUCUUUGUUAAAAUGGGAGGGAAAAACAGAGAUCUUAUUGCAGAAAAAUUAAGAUCAAAAUAAUCUGAACGAUAAAGUCCAUUUAAAUGUAAAGGUACUUUUAAUAAAAUUCUUAAUCUAGUUAGAAAAUCCAUUUUUUAAUCACAAUCUCAUCAAAAAUAUACGUAAUCUAUAAAAAAAUUCAUCUCCAAUUUCAUCUAAAAGCAUAAGAACAAAAACAUAAUCUAAACUCUCAUUUCUCUAAAUUAUUGAAAUCAAGCCAGCAACAACAAAAGAACAAUAAUUAAGAAGAGCAUCUUCCUUUACAUCAGCAAAAUAAAAGCUCUUUAAGAUACUUACAGAAAAAUGA